AAUGAAAGAUUCUUACUCUUUAGUCUUUACUACUCAGUCGUUGUAGUAGGCGUUGUGUUGCUGACAAUUACCAUCACUCCUACUUUGUUAGAAAUGUGUUGACAAGUGACGAAAUUGGGGAAGGAAGCUCAUCAUCAAAAUUUGAGAUUAUUCCAUCAACCAUCACACCAAUUGAACUGCUGUUGCUCUAUUUACCAUUCUGUAUCAGUAACCAUCUUUCUCUUUCUCGUGCUCAUUUUGCAACUAUCCACCAUCUUUUGCUUUUGUAUUUGGUUUAAUUUCGUUUUAAUGUUGUUCCAACUUCGAACCAGGUAAAAUGAAGUGAGCAACCAUCAACAAGAAAAGACAGAGCCAUGGCACAGUAUCUUGCACGGCUCAACCGUUUUACCCUCUCUAUUCCACUUAAUGCCAUAGUGGUAAACGAAUACCCAGAAUUGCUUGAACGUUGUAUUCAAUCUAAGUCUCUUAAAGAUUGUAAAUUAAUCCAUGGACAUCUUCUUAAGAACAACAGCUAUUAUGGCAAUGUAUCUUCUUUUGUGUUCGAAAAGCUCACCCGUCUGUAUCUUAUAUGUGGCCAACUUGCUGUUGCCCGCUAUGUGUUUGAUGAUAUUUCUAAACCAACUGUUAUUCUGUGGAAUAUGAUGAUCCGAGCAUAUGCGUGGAAUGGACCAUUUGAAUCUUCAAUUAAUUUAUACUCUAGAAUGAUUCUUUCUGACACUCUUCCUAACAAAUUUACCUUCCCUUUUGUUCUUAAGGCGUGCUCUAGUUUGAGUGCAAUUGAAUUUGGUGAAAUAAUUCAUAAGCAUGUUGUGCAACUUGGGUUUGAUUCAGAUGUUUAUGUUUCCACUGCUUUGAUCGAUUUGUAUGCCAAAUGUGGAGACAUGACAAGAGCGGAGAAAGCAUUUUAUGGAAUGAAGUGUAGGGAUAUUGUUGCUUGGAAUGCCAUGAUUACUGGUUUUGCAGUUCAUUGGUUUUAUGAUGACAUGAUGAGAUUGAUUGUUCAAAUGCAGGAAGCAGGCAUAAGCCCCAAUUCUUCUACUGUUGUGACUAUACUGCCAGCAGUUGCUCAAGCUAGUGCCUUGAGUCAUGGGAAGGUACUCCAUGGGUAUUGUAUAAGGCAAGGUUUUAACAAUGCGAUUAUGGUGGGCACAGGGCUUUUGGAUAUGUAUGGGAAAUGUGGGUGCAUUUCUUACGCAAGGACGAUCUUUGACUCUUUGGGUGUUCGAAAUGAAGUCACUUGGAGUGCUAUGAUUGGUGCAUAUGUUGUAUCUGACCGCAUGCAAGAAGCUUUGGAAUUGUUUAACUAUAUGUUGCUUGAGGAUUUUGGAAUACCAUCAAUGGUUACUCUUUGUUGUGCUCUUCGAGCAUGCACUAAGCUGAGUGAUUUAAUUACUGGGAGAAGGAUCCAUGGAUGCGUUUUGAAAUUAGGGUAUCUUUCUGAUUUAAUGGUUAGUAAUACAAUUCUUUCUAUGUAUGCGAAGUGUGGUGUUUUAGAUGACGCUGUAAAGUUUUUCGAAGAAAUGAAUUCAAUUGAUAAAGUCUCUUAUGGUGCAAUAAUUUCUGGGUGUGUGCAAAAUGGUAAUAGUCUGCAAGCCUUGAAGGUCUUCAAGAAUAUGCAGAUUUCAGGAAUUAAUCCUGAUGAGACUACUAUGCUCUCCCUACUACCAGCUUGUUCACAUUUGACUGCUUUGAGAUAUGGGGUGUGUGCCCAUGGUUAUUCAGUAAUCCGUGGUUUUGUGGCUGAUACUUCGAUCUGUAAUGUGUUGAUUGAUAUGUAUGCUAAAUGUGGAAAGAUCAAGACUGCUAGGGAAGUUUUUGAUAGAAUGCAGAUUCAUGAUAUAAUUUCAUGGAAUUCUAUGAUUUCUGCCUAUGGUAUUAAUGGCCAAGGGUCAAAUGCGAUUUCUCUGUUUAAUGAAUUGAGAACGACUGGUAUUUUGCCAGAUGAUAUUACAUUCAUCAGUCUUCUAAUUGCUUGUACUCACUCAGGUCUUGUUGCAGAAGGGAAAUAUUGCUUCGAUGCCAUGGUAAAAGAGUUUCAGAUUGUCCCUAGGAUUGAUCAUUGUAUAUGCAUGGUUGAUCUCUUGGGCCGAGCAGGUCGUCUAGAGGAGGCUAGAAGUUUCAUUGACCAAAUGCCAUGCACACCCAAUGUACAUAUUUGGAGUGCUUUACUUGCUGCAUGCAAAAUCCACAAAAAUGUCGAGUUAGCUGAAGAAGCAUCGAAGAGAAUCCAAAUUCUAGGUCCUGAAAGUUCCGGCAAUUUUGUGCUUCUGUCUAAUAUAUAUAGUUCUGCUGGGAGAUGGGAAGAGGCCGCAUCUAUUAGAAUCACGCAACGUGAUCAAGGUUUUCAGAAAAUACCAGGAUGUAGUUGGGUAGAGGUUAAUGGAACUAUUCAUGCAUUCAUCGGUGGGGACGAUACACACCCACUAUCAAAUCAAAUAUACAUGAAACUGGAGGAACUUUUAGUAGAGAUUAAAAAAGUGGGAUAUCAGGCAGUCCCCAGUGUUGUUUUUCAGGAUGUGGAAGAGGAAGAAAAAGAACAUAUUCUUCUUCAUCAUAGUGAAAAGUUAGCCAUCGCAUUCGCUGCAAUUACCUUAAACCCACCCCAACCCAUUUUUGUCACCAAAAAUUUGCGGGUUUGUGGUGAUUGUCACGAGGCUAUUAAGUAUAUCACUCUUGUUACAAAGAGGGAGAUAACAGUUAGAGAUACCAGUCGUUAUCACCAUUUCAAAGAUGGUGCGUGCAACUGUGGAGAUUUUUGGUAACAUUUAGUGAAAAACUAAAUCAUUUUUUACACCUUGUGGAUCCUGAACUGAACACAUCAAUUUGUUCUUUCAAUGAACAAGAUCAUGGAAGACAUAAUGGUUGCAACCUCCAUGAAAAUGGUUGACGGAAGCCACAAAGGAGGUGUCCUUGAAGCUCAUCCUUAUGCAUUUCCUGUUUCUGAGCCUGGUAAUCUUUAUGUCCUAAUUGGGAAGAUAUCACCAGCUCUAAAUGGAAGGACGAAAACUACAAUAGAAUAGUCAUGGCCGGUUACCUGCUGGUCCAGCAGUGCUGGAGCUUUACAGGCAAGAAAACGGAACAGCUGAAAAGUUUAGCUCCAAAAUGGUGGUUGCCUUUCAAAUACAAGCUAACUUAGACUUUACUUGAUGAGAGAUGGAUCCAUAUUGGAAGCAGUACUUGAAUGGGAUCACUCAGCUGAUUUAACCUAUUUCAUGCUCGUGCGACUAAGUAUCGAAGCGGUAAAUCGUGGUUGUCGUACAUUCAUCAGGUGCUGGGUUUGGCCUUCACGUCGGGGAGAUUCACUAGCUUAGUUUGACUAGCCAUGAGCCUCAAAACUCUUGGAGAGAGCUUGUUUUUUCUGGGGGAGAUUCAGGUCAAUGCUUUCUUCUGGGAACAAAAUCCAGGAAGAGUAUCCAAUCAAGGAUUGUAGGGUCAUGCCUGCAGUGUCUGCUAUGUAUACGACUUUAUUCUCCUCCUCCAACAUUUUACUCUCCUUAAUUAAUUGUUUUAGGUGUCGCCUGUGUAGGUUGUAAAAAGGGUAAAAAUUAGCCCAGUAAUUAAUUGGAUUAUAGUGCAGGGCCUGUAUUAGAUAUAGAUAAAUCGGCCUAAAAUAGUUUACCCCAAAAUGGGAGUACUGGAAUUCAGCAACCCCCCUCGGGUAAAGUUUUACAUUAGGUAUAAAAAUAAAACAGACGAAAAAGCUACAGCAACCGGCAGCAUCAACUGUUUUCUCAAAGUUCCUUUCUCUCUCCUCCAAACUCUUUUCUCUCUCCCAUUUCUUUUCUGUAUCCUCCAAUUUUUGUACUCACGGAGAAGAUGGCUUUAUAGUGUAUGUUAUAUUUUGCUAUUCUAGUACUUUUAUGCCAAACUAUCUGUUUUUAUGUACGUAAAUUUUUCUUUGGUAAUUCUUUCCCAUUUA